UCUUCCUCAAUAUUUUCUCUCUUUUCUUUUCUUCUAAAACCCCCACAAAAAGUAGUAAUUAGUAAUGGCCAAAGGACUCACAAAGCUCAAAUCAGUGUUGAAAAAAAUGCAAUCUCUCAAACUAGGCCGUACUACCAACGUAAUGGCCACCAACAAUUCUUGCUCGGAUGAUGAUUCAUAUUCCUAUUCCUAUGAAAGCAAUUGCUGCAACAGUAAGGACCUACAUCCAGUCUACGUUGGUAAAUCACGCCGACAAUACCUCGUUAGCUCCAACGUUGUCUGCCAUCCACUCUUCAGGGAACUUGUUGAAAGGUCAGAUGAUUCAGAAGACUCCGUCGCCAUCGCUUGUGAAGUUGUUCUUUUCCAACACUUGCUUUGGAUGCUCGAAAAUGCUGAUCCCCAGCCUGAAUCCUUGGAUGAGCUCGUCGAAUUUUACACAGCUUGCUGAAUUAUUUUUAAUUGCACUCCGGGAUAUUCCAUCAUGUGUUAUAUACUAGUACUAUAUAGUUGUAAAUCUAUUUCCAGAUCGAGUUUUAUAAAUUUAGCGCGAUUAGGAAAGUUGAUGAUAUAUACGGAAGAUUUAGAAAAACAGAGCAGGCAGUGACAGUUCUUCUCCUUCACCCAUUUUUACAGGGCUAACCUCUCAAUUAAUGGAGAAGCCUAAUGGGUGGGUAGGGAUUGAUUAUAUUGUAUUAAUGUAGUAUUACAAUCUUUUUAAUUAUUCGUUGU